CUGUUGCCAGGGACGCGUGGAAGCGUUACCAUGGAAGUGACGAGCGACUUCUUCCGGAUUAGAGUCUGAAGGGAAAGCGUUUCCACGUGUGGCACACGAGUAGUGAAGGCUGAUCCAGGAUCAGAAAUCAGAGGAAACUCUACCAUAGAAAACCAAUAAAAAGAGCCCCGAGGAUGCAAAAAGCGAGAAGAAUACGAGGUUUUUGAGAAGCUGGUUGACAAAAGUUAGCAUGGCAGUGGACGGGGCGACCAAGGAGAAGAAGAAAAAGAAAAAAGUAAAGUUGGAGGAUGUUCAGGAUAAAGGCGUGACAGCGUGUCAUGAUGUGUCCGUCCAGACUGUUGUUAAAAAAGAAGAACCACUGAUCAUAAACAUCAGAGAUGGAGAGAAGCAGGAGAGCGAUGCAGCUGAGAAGAAGAAAAAGAAGAAAAAGAAAAUGAAGGAGGAAGUGGAAGCGAACAGCCCUGUGUGUUGCAAUGCAGCCGUUCAGACGACCGUCAAACCAGAGAGCUCCGAUAUAAACAUCAGCGACGUUCCUGAGAAGAAGAAGAAGAAGAAGAAGAAGAUAAAGGAGGAAGCAGAACAGAUCCAAGAGGAAGUGAUCGUCAGUGUGGAUGGAGAUCAUUUAGUGUCCAAGAAAAAGAAAGCCAAGAAACAAGGGUAUGAAGAAGAGGUGGAAGGUGUAAAAAAGAAAAAGAAGAAAAAAGAGGUAGAGGUCGAAGAAGAAGAGGCUGAUUUAGGACACAGUGUGGAGCUGGUCAAAAAGAAGAAAAAGAAGAGAAAAAUCGAUGAUGUGGCCGAGCAAGAGCAAAAUACAGAACUGGCAGAUGGACAGAUGAAGAAGAAAAGAAAAAGGCAGAAAGAAGCAGAUGCGUGUGAAGUGGUGGAGCAAAAGGUGAAGAAAAAGAAGAAGAAAUCUUCAGCAGAGGAGGAGCCUGAUGAGAUCAGCUCUAAUAAAAAGGUGGAGAAAAAAAAGAAAAAGCUGAAGAAGAAAUUAAAAAGCGUGGAUGAAGGUGAGAGUCAUCCUCACACCAACGGAGCACAGGAGAGACCAUCAGACAAGAAGAUGAAGAAGAAGAAGAAAAUCAGGGCGAUGACUGAUGAUGUCAUUGAGAUCCAGGAGGAGCCGACGGGAAAGAAGGGGAGGAAAGAGGACAGAAACAAAACCCCUGAAAAAAUGAAAAAGAAAAAACCUAAAGAGGAGCAUCAUGAGACCGUCGUGGAGAAAGCAAAUAAAGCGUCUGAUGUCGUGUUCCUGUCAGCGAAGCCUGGAAACCAGGAUGAGGUUUCUAUAGAUCAGGCCCGCAGACUCGCCCUACAGAGGGACAUUGACCAGGAAUCACAGCCGAAGCCGAAUCUUGGCCAGUGGGGCACGGCACAGUUCGACAGCUCUGACAGACAAGCCAAGUUCCUGCGCUUGAUGGGCGGCUUUAAAAAGAGCAGCCAGCCCCUCUCAGGAUCCUCCGGCCAGGCCAGCAUGGCGCUGGGGAAAGAAGGCCAACAGACUUUGCAGCAAGGCCUUCUGGGAGAGUUUGAGCGUGCACAGAGCCGCCGUAUGGACUUCAGGAAUAAAGGAGCCGGAUUGGGGUUUGCGGCGCCGUCCAAUAAGAAGUUUGCUAUUGAUGCGAAUGCAAGGAACUCGGUGCGAUUCGAUGACUGAGAGUUACAGGAUCGCUCGAUCAUCAUGUACUCACGCUCACACUGUUUACAAACCCAUGUGCUGUCAUCACAUCAGUCAAGCUCCAGUAAAAGGACAGAAUAGCCCAUAUGAAAUCUGUUUUGAAUGAUGAUAAAAUGUUCAUUUCUUGGUGUACUGCUCCUUUAAUGUAUGAAUCAAAGUGGAUUUGACUUUUUGGAAACUAGGGAGCUCGGAAUCACCCACCAAGAAAAGUAUUUAACUUUUUUUAUUUCGUAAGUUUCCUUUAAACCUGAUUGAAUUUCUUUGGGUCCUGAGAGAUGUUGUACUCAGGUGAAAUAUCACAAGUUGUAUUUUAAUUCAUCAUUGGAUUUUGAUACGAAAAAGUUUAUACUAGAAGAUAAAAUUAAACAACAGCAAAUAAAGACACUGGAUUAGAGCUGUCCUUUGGGUAAUCAUGAGUCAC